AUGGAGCUGAGCAGCAAGAAGAAACUUCACGCCCUGUCCCUGGCCGAGAAGAUCCAGGUGCUGGAACUCCUGGAUGAGUCCAAGAUGUCCCAGUCAGAGGUGGCCCGGCGCUUCCAAGUCUCCCAGCCCCAGAUCUCACGCAUCUGCAAGAAUAAGGAGAAGCUGCUGGCGGACUGGUGCAGCGGCACCGCCAACCGGGAGCGCAAGCGCAAGCGGGAGUCCAAGUACAGCGGGAUUGACGAGGCCCUGCUCUGCUGGUACCACAUUGCCCGGGCCAAGGCCUGGGAUGUCACGGGGCCCAUGCUGCUCCACAAAGCCAAGGAACUGGCCGACAUCAUGGGCCAGGAUUUUGUACCCAGCAUCGGCUGGCUGGUCCGCUGGAAGCGCCGUAAUAAUGUAGGCUUCGGGGCCCGCCAUGUACUGGCCGCCCCCUUCCCCCCUGAGCCACCUCCCCCGGGCCCCACGUCCCGGGCCCAGCCUCCUCUUUCUCUUGAAGACUUCUCCCCAGAGGACGUUUUUGGCUGUGCCGAAGUGCCUCUGCUGUACCGGGCCGUGCCCGGCAGGGGGGGUGCCUGUGAUCGCGUGCGGGUGCUGCUGUGUGCCAACAGCAGAGGCACAGAGAAGCGGCGGGUGCUGGUCAGCGGGCUCCGGGCCGCGCCCAGGUGCUUCUUCGGAGUCAGCAGCGAGGCUCUGCCUGCCUCCUACCACCCUGACCUGGGCAUCCCCUGGUCCGAGUGGCUGGCGCAGUUUGACCGGGACAUGGGCCAGCAGGGCCGGCAGGUCACCCUGCUGCUGGCCGCCCGGGUGCUCGAGGAGCUGGCAAGCCUGCCCGGACUCUGCCACGUGAGGCUCCUGCCUCUGUCCGCCGCUGCCGCCGCCGCUGCCGGCAGCACGCCGGCCCUGCCCGGCUCCGUGGUCCGGGCCUUUAAGACCCAUUACCGGCACCGUCUGCUGGGCAAGCUGGCCGCCGUCCAGAGCAAGAGGGCCGGCAUCUCGCUGGCCGAGGCGGGGGCGGGCAUCACGGUGCUCGAUGCUCUGCACAUGGCGGCGGCGGCCUGGGCCAAGGUGCCCCCCCAGCUAAUCGUCAGCAGCUUUGUUCAGGAAGGGCUAGCUCCCUGCAAGAUGCCCCUGUGCCCGGACGAAGCCUCCCAGAUGCCGCCAGUCCCCAGCGGGCUGAGCCUCCAGGAGUUUGCCCGCUUUGUGGACCUGGAGGGCGAGGAGCCCGCGUCUGGAGCGUGCAAAGAGGAGACGGGCGCUGAGGACGGGCAGGGGGCCCAAGAGGACGGCUUCCAGCCCCCGCCCACCAAAGCCGAUGCCCUCCGGGCUCUGGGCACGCUGAGAAGGUGGCUGGAGUGCAACAGCACCUCCCCUGAGCUAUUUGAAAAAUUCUACGCCUGUGAAGAGGAGGUGGAGAGGCUCUGCGGCCUGUAA